GUGGCUCCGGUCGGCCAGACUCACGUGGGGCUGAUGUGUUGCGGCUGGAGGGACUCGCGAGAAACUGGAGCAAGUGAUUAUUGAACAUAAACAUCAAUUAUUUCAGUGGAAGACUGUAUGUAACCACCUAGUAAAACAUCAUCAUCAUCCCCAUGGGUUUCUCUAUAGACCUUCAUUGUUAAUGUGGACAAAAGCAGGGGAGCGUCUAGAUUCUGGAUCAGAGCUUCAGUAGAGGUGGGCAGUGGUCGGAGGAGAACUUGCUGGGAAUGCUGGGAGGAGACGGCUUUCCCGAUGGAGAAGAGGAGAACUCUUCUCCAGGCUCCAGCAAGCGUUUGGGGCAGACGGACCAAGCUAACAGCGGGCAGGACCCUGGGACCACCGGAUCAGGGUCCAGGUCCGGAUCGGGUUCAGGUGAGGAGGAGGAAGCCGAGGAGCAGCGAGGAAGAACCAGCAGAGGGGAAAGCUCAGCGGGCUGUGAGGAGAGCGGAGGAGAGCAGACGCACGAGGACGUGGACAUGAACAGCGGUUACGACUCCAGCAGCGGAAACGACAGUGUCAGGGGCUCACGACAUCAUCGUUCCUCGGCCAAUUGCAGCCCUGGAGGCACCAUAGGAUCAGGAAGAACCAAGAGCUCAAAAUCUGCCACUGGUUCCUCAUCGUCCAGUUUUGAGUGCAGUGAGCAGACGGAGCACGGCCGUGAGCAGACGCACCGAGAGAUGAUGCAGACGGUGCAGGAGAUGAAGAAACGGCUGCCGUCGGAGAAGAGAAGCCGCAGUAAAGCCAGUACGGUGGAGGCACUGAACCACGCACUGAACUGUGUCAAACAAGUACAAGCAAACAGCGAGUACUACAACUUACUAAUGAGCAGCGGACUGGAGAAGAGACGAGAAGCUACUGUGUGCUCGCUGGAGGAGCUGGAGGGAAUCACUUCAGAACACAUGCUGAAAAACGCUGUAUGUCCUGCUCCGUUUCCUCUGAAAGCCUUGAUGCAAACUAGAAUGAAAAACGUUAUUCGUCUUUGUCUCUCUGUAGCAGCGGUUCUGUAUAAAUGUGCCCAGGUCAAGUCUUUCUUCUGUCGAAUCAGAGGAGGGAAAGAUAGAGAUGGAGAAUUGCGUUAUAGUCCGUUCCGGAUCACUCCGUACCUGCUGAAGGUUCAGGGAUCGAGAGCAGAGGAGGAGCCGUGCUGUCUGGCCCUGGCCGAACGCAUCAUCUCAGGAUAUGAGGCCCCUCGCAUUCCCAUGGACAAGCGCAUUUUCAGCACGACUCACUCACCAGGCUGUGUCUUUUUAGAAGUGGAUGACCGUGCGGUGCCUUUGCUCGGCUACCUCCCUCAGGAUCUGAUCGGUACCUCAGUUCUGACCUGCCUGCAUCCAGACGACCGCCUGCUCAUGCUGUCCAUGCACCGCAAAAUUCUGAAGUAUGCGGGCCAGCCUCCGUUUGAACACUCACCCAUCCGGUUCCAGUGUCAGAACGGCGACUACGUCACCCUGGACUCCAGCUGGUCCAGCUUCAUCAACCCCUGGAGCCGUAAGGUGGCCUUCAUCAUCGGAAGGCACAAAGUUCGCACUGGACCUCUGAAUGAGGACGUUUUUGCUGCACGGAGUAAAGCUGAGCAGUCAGUCAUGUGUGACGUUAAAGAGCUGCAAGUCAUGAUCUACAAGCUCUUCUUACAGCCUGUUCAUAAUAAUGGAUCCAGUGGCUAUGGCAGUCUGGGUAGUAAUGGCUCUCACGAGCACUACAUCAGUGUGGCGUCGUCCAGCGACAGUAACGGAAACCUCUGGGAGGAUUCGCACAGAGAACCAAUGACAUUGCAGCAGUUUUGUGCUGAUGUCAAUAAAGUGAAGAACUGGGGCCAGCAGGCGUAUCUGGACUCCCGGAGGAAGCUCACACCUUUAGGACCAGCCACUGCAGUGGCGGCAGCAGGCGUUUAUCCUAAUACCAGUCAGGGUUUGGGAAUUAGAGAUCAUCUAAAGCAGUCUCUACAAGAAGCCCGGAAACAACCACACAUCCCAUCCUACCAGCAGAUCAACUGUGUGGACAGCAUCAUCAGAUAUCUUGAGAGCUGUGCGACGUCUGCUCUGAAACGAAAGAGCGACUCUUUGUCCAUAGCUACGUCAUCUUCAUCCUCCAUGUCUGAGGAAGACAAACCCACAGCGGCUGCACAUGAAGAUGCUGUGAACACAGACGAAGCUGCUCUAGAGGGCGCUGGUGCUCUGGACAGCCAGGUGUCUGCGGGUUCGGCCACGACGGCAGCGGUGGUGGGAGCGCCACUCACAGACAUUACAAUCUCCACUGAAGCCAUGAGCGUGGUGUCCGUCACCAGUCAGUGCAGUUACAGCAGCACCAUAGUGCACGUGCCGCAACCCGAGUCAGAGGUCACAGCCUUAGAAAAUGCUCCAAUGGGGAGUGAACCAACAGACUCCGCCCCCACCCCUGCACGCCCCGCCCCCAGCACCUCCUCAGCGGCUCAGGAGGAGUUACUCGUGGUGGAUCUUACUAAAGAGGUGCUGUCGGCCCACACCCAGAAGGAGGAGCAGCAAUUCGUAGAUCGUUUCCAACAUCGUAUCCUGCAGAGUCCCUACAGCUCCUACCUCCAGCAGGACAACAGCAGCAUGGCCCAUUCUCAUCACAGAGCUGAUGUUGUGCGUCCUCCAAACAAGCACAAGCGGCCCAAACCAGAAGACUCAUCCGACAGCUACGGCUCCCAGCCGGGCAAAUACUGUUCACUUCCCAGACCCACAGGAGCGCCUCAUUCCUCCUGGCCGUCCUCAGAGUCGUCUCAGCCCCCGCCAUCCAACAUCGGCUUUGUGCCGCCCAUGGCAGCGCCAAUGCAGUCGGCCCCUUACUUCACUGUGCUCAGUGCAGAUCAGCAGCCCAUGGUGGUCCAGCCUGACCAAGCUGUCCAGAACCUCCAACCCAUGCCUCCCAUGACUCCCAUGAUGGUCGUCCUGCUUCCUAGCUACCCCGUGUACCCCGGCAACAAUGGCAUGUAUCCGCAGGGAAUGCCCGUCCCGGUGCCCGGAGUCGUUCCCCAGCCUCCCUUUAAUAUGGGCGGCUACAUCCCGUCUGGUGGCCACAUGCCACAUAGGUCUCCAUCUCAGGGGCAUCCUGCAGGGUCCAGCGUCACAGGAGCUGGGAUGCCACCGGGUGCCUCGGCGGAGGUCGACUCGAUACCUGCCCCUUGGUUUGGGGAAGACCUUGAUGCAGCACAACCUACAGCACUCUUCUCCAGCUCUCGCUCCAGCUCGCCCAUCCAGCUGAACUUACUCCAGGAGGAGCUGACCAAACCCACCGAAGCCCAGAACAGCACCGGUCCAGAGAGUCUGCAUGAGCCCCACGCCAAAGCGGUGGAUGCUCCCAGCGAGUCGGGUAACCAAGAUGCCCAUUUUACCUCCAGCGAAAUGCUUGACCAGUUGCUACAGGAGGACGCCCGCUCAGGAACCGGCUCCAACGCUUCAGACAGUGGCUCCGGGGAGUCGGGAGGCUCUCUGGGCUCCGGGUCGGGACUCUGUUCUAACGGAACAUCUACCAGCCAUACCGGCAGCAGCAAUAGCAGCAAGUACUUCGCCAGCAAUGAUUCAUCAGACACGUUGCGGAAAGCGCGCAAGUCCACGGAGGCCCAAGAAAGGGAGCAUACAACCUUCAAAAAGCACGUGGACAACCCGUUAUGGAGCAUGAUCAAGCAGACGCCCGAACCAGUCAUGAUGACCUAUCAGAUCAGUCCCAGGGAUCAGGCCCAGGUUCUUCAAGAAGACCGGGAGAAGCUGGUUCUGAUGCAGCCCAUGCAGCCCUGGUUCACCCAGGACCAGAAGAAGGAGCUGGCCGAGGUCCAUCCCUGGAUCCAUCAGCACACGGUCCCACAGGAGAUCAACACACAGGGUUGUGUGAGUUGUAACACCAUGGAACCGGGUGAAGAACUGAAUCUUCAGACUGGCUCUCCAAACCCUCCCACUCCUGACAGCUCCUGUCCGUCAUAGGAUGCUAGACCCGACACAGACACCUGACCGCACACCCUGCUGGACCUCCAGCCCUCUGGGACUCAGUGAUUCUUCUGCUUUCAGCUGGGAAUCAUAGGAAGAGAGAGACACCCGCAUCCGUGUGCCAGUCUCUCAUAAUUCCUCCUGAGUUCACGAAACGAGGCAAGCACUUUGCACUCAAUCAAACCACGUCAGAGUGAGUUUGGACACUCGCAGGAGACGGACAUUUAGUGAUGGUCGUCACAUGACCAUGCAUUUCUCUCUGCUGUUCUCCGUUACAGUCCAUGGACCCAAACAGCUGUGAAUAUCAGACUAUAAUUUGGUAGUGGUGUCAUAAGAGCUCUUCAUAUUUUUUAGACUGUUGCCCGAAUGUUUUUUUUUAAGAAAGGUUUUUUUCAUUAAUAAUGUGUCCUCUACUGAAUCUUGAAUCUUGCAGGCUCAGGAGGGUUUAUGAUCUCCCAAAAGUCCCUGUAAUGAGUUUCCUGAACGCUUGCGCAGAUAUAAAUGUGUAUAAACACAUUAGCACUCACCGCCAAAAUCUAACAGCAUCUACGAAUGGAAAUGAAUGAUAUUUGGUCCAGAGCACAAAGUUCUUCAUUCCUUAUCAAGUUCAUCCAAUCCAAAUGAAUAAUUUGAGUGAGGCCUUAAGAUAGUUUUUCUGUCAGUGUUUUCUGUUCUCAAUUUCAAAUAUUUUUUCCAAUAUACUUGUGAUUG